UGUUUUCGCGCCAAAACUGGCGUGUGUUGUGUGCAAACAGGUGGUCGUAAAUAAACGUUAGUAAAACUCCAAUUCCGGCUUGAAGUAGUGUAAAUUCGCCAAAAAUCAUGAACCGACGUGAUUACGACAAAGAUAAAGAGACCAUAAGAACCUUCUUGUUAGAGUUUUGCAUUCAAGAUGAUUCCGGUCAGAAAAACUUUAAAUAUUCGAAUCAGUUGACAAAACUGGCUCAUCGCGAGCAAAUAGCCCUUUACAUCGAGCUUGACGAUCUUUACGAACACGACGAUGAUUUAGCCAAAGCUGUAAUAAACAACACUCGUCGGUACACGACUUUAUUCUCCGACGUUGUCUUCGAACUGUUGCCCACAUUCGUGGAACGCGAAGUCGUGGCCAAAGACGCUUUGGACGUUUACAUUGAACACAGGCUAAUGAUGGAGCAGCGUUUGAGACAACCGAACGAGCAGAGAGAUGCUCGUAAUAAAUUUCCACCGGAAUUAUUACGCAGAUACGAAAUCUACUUCAAAGACUUAUCAACUACUAAAACCGUCCCAAUUCGCGAAGUCAAAGCCGAACACAUUGGGAAACUGGUCACCGUUAGGGGCAUAGUGACGCGAAGCACCGAAGUCAAACCUAUGAUGACCGUAGCGACCUACACUUGCGACCAAUGCGGGGCUGAGACCUACCAACCUGUCCACGGACUAAGUUUCAUGCCGGUGUUGAUGUGUCCUAGUGAAGACUGCCGUGUGAACAAAUCAGGGGGGCGCCUAUACCUCCAAACCCGUGGCUCCAAAUUCGUCAAAUUCCAGGAGCUCAAAAUCCAGGAACACAGUGACCAAGUCCCAGUGGGGCACAUCCCCCGGACUUUGACUAUUUUUUGUCGGGGCGAAGUCACUCGCCUGGCCCUUCCGGGGCACCACGUGGCCGUCACAGGCGUGUUCCUCCCUUUGCUCAAGACCGGCUUCAAACAAAUCAUGGGGGGGCUCCUGUCGGAGACUUACGUCGAGGCGCACAGAAUCGCUUUGGUGAACAAAACCGAAGAGGAUGAAAGCUCGUCCAAACCCCUCACACCUGAAGAACUAUCGGUCUUGACCGAAGACGAUUUUUACACAAAAUUGGCGGUGUCUCUAGCGCCGGAAAUCUACGGUCAUCUUGACGUUAAGAAGGCUUUGCUUCUUUUGCUGGUUGGGGGAGUGGACCGCAGACCUGACGGUAUGAAGAUCCGGGGGAAUAUCAAUAUUUGCCUGAUGGGGGACCCCGGAGUCGCCAAGUCGCAACUUUUGGGGUACAUUGAUCGGUUAGCGCCACGAAGUCAGUAUACCACAGGACGGGGCUCUUCGGGAGUGGGGCUCACUGCCUCGGUUAUGAAGGACCCCAUGACGGGGGAGAUGAUGCUGGAAGGGGGCGCACUGGUCUUGGCCGAUCAGGGGGUUUGUUGUAUUGACGAAUUCGAUAAAAUGGCGGAUGCGGACAGGACGGCCAUUCACGAAGUUAUGGAACAACAAACAAUCAGCAUUGCUAAGGCGGGUAUUAUGACUUGUUUGAACGCCAGAGUCUCGAUUUUGGCGGCGGCUAACCCGGCCUAUGGCCGGUACAACCCGAAGCGGACAAUCGAGCAAAAUAUCCAACUACCGGCGGCCCUUUUAUCCCGUUUCGAUCUCCUUUGGUUGAUUCAGGAUAAAGCGGAUCGCGAUAAUGAUCUGAAACUCGCCAAACACAUCACAUACGUGCACCAGCACUGCAAACAGCCCCCGACUCAAAUCAAAUCGCUUGAUAUGGGCGUUAUGCGGAAAUACAUCGCACUGUGUAAGUUGAAAGAACCGGUGAUUCCCGAAGAUUUGACUGAAUACAUCGUUAAUGCUUAUGUGGAGUUGAGAAAUGUGGCCCGGAAUUCUAGAGACAUGACUUUUACUUCGGCUAGGAAUUUGUUGGGGAUUUUGAGGCUGUCGACGGCUUUAGCCAGGCUGAGAUUGUCCAAUGUUGUGGAGAAAGACGAUGUUAAUGAAGCUAUAAGGUUGAUGGAAAUGAGCAAAGAUUCUCUUAACCAGACUUUCGAAAAAGGGGCAAGACCACCCAAUGUCAACGACCAAAUCUUUGCCAUUAUUAGAGACUUGGCUGGAGAAUCGAAAACAGUCAAACUAUCAGACGUUAUGAACAAAUGUGCCAGUAAGGGACACACUCCUCUGGAAGUUGAUUCCUGUAUCGAAGAGUAUGAGGAAUUGAACGUGUGGCAAGUGAAUCUGACUCGCACCAAAAUCACAUUUAUUUAAGAUUUAGUUGUUUGUACCACUUUUAUAACUUGUAUUUUUUAUAUUUCAAUAAAGCAUGAAUCCAA